AAUAUAAUAAUAAUAUAAUAACUGUAGUCUGUACAUUAUUAUUUACUACUACGUUACUAAUUUACUAUACUCAGUAUUCUAAUUCUAUACUCUAGUUUCUAUUUAUUACAUAUUAUUUAUUAAUUUAUUAUUAAUAUAAAUCCGUCUUGCUUCAACUAUCUGCGUUACGUGAUAUUAAGAAAAUCAUAAAGUUUUUAAUAGAAUUGACGUUGGUGGAUUUGUAGUGCGCAUAGUAUUGAGGUGCAUCGUUUUGAUUUUAUAGCUCCGUUAUUUUAUCAAAUUAAAUAAUAUUUCGUAAAUACAAGUUUCGUUACAGACUUAUAAAAUUUAAAAACAAUGGCACUAAUUGCUAAAGACGACGUAGGUAACGUCCAUUUGUUGAACGAUUCGUGGAAACUGUGGUAUUGGAGAUUUAGCGGAACUGUGGUCCCGGACGUCAAUUGGACAGAUAAUUUGCACGGACUGUGCGAGUUUGACAGUGUUGAAAAAUUUUGGAGUAUUUUUAAUCAUAUUAAAAUGCCAAGUAUGUUAACGACUGGCUGUGAUUACUCUGUAUUUAAAUCAGAUAUAAAACCGAUGUGGGAAGACCCAUCAAAUAAGAAUGGUGGACGUUGGUUAAUAAAGGAUAGUGGACUAUUAGAUCAGUACUGGAUGGAUAUUUUGUUGAGUAUGAUUGGUGGAAUGUAUGAUCCUUACAACGAUAAUAUUUGUGGUAUUGUCUAUAAUAGGCGUCAAUACAGUAAAAUAUCUGUUUGGAUUUCUUCAUCUGACACAAAUAUUGUUAACGACAUUGGGUCAAAACUUAAGCAUUUCCUUGAUACAAAAGAAAAGUUGAAAUUUGAAAAACACAGUGAAUUUUUGAAGAAGAAAAUAAACUUGCAAAAAAAAAAUUAUUUUGGCCAAAUGACACAAACACAUAUUUAAAUAUGUUAUUUUAAAUUAAUAUUUUAACACAAUCUAUUUUAUUCUGAUGUAAGUUUUAAAAAGUUAUUACAAUUUAUUAAAUUUGUUGAUGCUACUAAGUCUAAUAGUCAAUAAACUAUGUUAAUACUUCAGCAAUGAUACAAUCCUAUGGUAUAUUAUAAAAUAACAAGAAGUAAACAAAAUAUUGUUGAGAAAUUAUUAUUGUUAGUGUUAUUUUUUUGCCAGAUAACAUUGAAAAAAGUUAAAAUAACUAGUCAUUAAUUAAAUUUGUGCGAUUAUAUUUUUAUUUUAAGUAUUAAUUUAGUUUGUUUUUGACAUGUCUUAACUAUUAUUGAAUAAUGUUGUAAAUUAAACAUUUUAAGCUUAUAUUAUUCUGAUAUAAUAUUUAUAUACAUUAUAUACACACAAAAGUUUUGACUGUUUUAGAUGAUUGUUAUUUAAGUAAAAAAAUAGUUAUACCUUUAAUAUUGCCACUAUUUUAUUAAAAAUACAAAACUGCCAUUCCUAAAAUA